UUAUAUAUUCAUUUCAUUUGUAUGUAAAAUAAAAGUUUUUAAUAUAGUACAAAUGAUCAUGUAAACCGGUCGCAUUUCAUUAAACUGGUCGUAAUUCAAAAUGGAAGACGGUGAAAAUAAAGCGAACGUUGGACCGGAUAAAGAGAAAAAGUCAUAUGCUGGAAUACCGGAGGCUGAAUUUGUAGACGAUGUCGACGCUUUUAUGGCAAGGCCCGAAAAUGAAUCAGUCGAUAAAGUACUUAAAAUGUUGGAUGAGAACCAUGGCAAAUAUAAAUUUAUGGAAUAUAACUUAUUUAAUAAAAGAAGACGUCUGAAAACACAAAUUCCAGAUCUAGAAAGAUCAUUAGAAAUGAUUAAAAAAUUACAACAAGAAAAAAAUGAAAGCAAAGACCUAGAAACACAGUUUCUCUUAUCAGAACAAGUUUAUGCAAAGGCUAUUAUUCCUCCGACUGAUAAAGUGUGCCUGUGGUUGGGAGCCAAUAUUAUGCUAGAAUACACUUUGGAUGAUGCACAAGAAAUGUUAACAAAGAAUAUUGAAGCAGCAAAAAGAAACCUAGGUUAUGUGGAACACGAUUUAGACUUUGUGAGAGAUCAAUUUACUACAACAGAAGUUAAUAUGGCACGUAUUUAUAAUUGGGAAGUAAAACGCAGAGUAGCUACUACAGCAACAUAAAGGCUAUUUUUUUAUCAAAAUUUAAUUUGCAUGCAAUGAAUGCCUAAAAAUCGAAGGGUUACUUAUACUAAGAAAUGUGAAGCAGCCUGUGAAUAAAAAGUAUUAU